CUGCCUGACGUUUCUGCACAGUUUACUGUUAUAAUAAUUUUUGUUUUUUUCCGGUGACUCGCCUCCUGAAGACGAAGCUCAUGAUCUCAUCUCGGUAAAAGCUUUGACGAGGCACCGAAGGUUCUUCAUGGCGUCUCCGCAACAGUCCAGAAUUCAGUCGUAUCUGGAAAAGAACAAAAUCGGACCUUUGUUUGAGGAGUUGAUGACCAAAUUGAUAACUGAGACUCCAGACCAUCCAAUCCCCUUUCUCAUUGAUCACCUGCAGACCAAACAAGACAGCCCUGGCAAGCAGCACAGAGCUCUGUCUGGCUCGGCCGCGCUGUGGGCACAGAGUUCUCCAGAAAACAAAAGCACUCGGAGGGAAUACUGCAACUAUGACAAGCCUUGGCAAAUCCACCCAAAGAAACCAAAGAAAUCCAAGAGUGACUUGGCUGUUUCCAGUAUCUCUCCGACGUCCACAGAGUCCAAAUCCUUGCCGCGAUCCAUCGAGUAUCCGUCCUGGGACUGGAGGGAGAGCCGAGACUUUGAUGAGCUGAGCCAUAUUCUGCAGGAGAGCAAGAAACUGGGUAAAGCUCUGGAAAGCCUGUCACGAAGCAUCGCUGUCUCUGAUGAACUCGACCAGAACUUUGGUGGCUAUAAGUCGAUGCUUCGCCCUCGGGUAGUGGGGGAAUGGAUCGGCCGUGAUGAAGUGGAUGCAGAUCCUUUAGCCGCUGAGAUGCUGCACCCCCCUGUUCCUCGAGCCAAGUCUGAAGUGUGCUCCAGUGGAGCCAGCAGCCCUGCUGGGAGCCUAAAGAUGGAAACGAAGAGGAAAGGGCUGAAGGAGCAGCAGCAGCGUCACAAGAAGCUCCUGGCUGCCAUGUUGUCCCGGGACUCCUUCAAUUCUGUGCACAGCCCCACCCACUCCAUCACAGAGGAUGAGAUGGAGGAUGAGGAUGAUGCCAUGGAGCUCCUCGAGGAUCUGGAUGACCUGCGGAUGGAGGGUGUGAUGGGUCUGGUUCCAUCCGGCAGUAAGUUCAGCCAGGGACGCAGCUCCUAUCAGCCCGAGCCACAGGCCAAAGUUACACUCAACAUCUGCUCGAGGUGUGCUAGGUUGCAGGGGGACAGUCUGUCAAACAGCAAAGCUGAAGAGGAUCACAGGCCUCAUAUUUCUGAGCAGGCUGUACCUGAUAUCAGCUCUCCAUUGCCUGGGGUGAACGUGGCUCAGGGACGGGUGCAGGAAUGCGAUGCCAUAUCUCAGGUAUCAAGCUCUCGUCAGUCUGUCUGGGAGGCUGAUCUGAAGCCUGUGAGAGGUUGGAGUUCUGUUGGGCAGACCAGCAUGCUACUGGGCGACCCCCUGUUUUCUAAAGAGCUGGAGAACAUGGGCAAGCAACUUGCUGAAGUAGAGAAGGAUCUAGCCAAACUGGCAGAAGCCGGGAAGAUGACCACACGCAGUGCUAGUAAUCCCCACAGUAGUCUACUCCACACUCCACUACGCCACAGAACGCUACCAGACAACCUUCCUCUUCCCAUCCAGCACUCCAGGCCCCCAUCUCCAGCUGGUAGCUUCUCAUCCAAACUCAGCAAUGUGGGCCUCCCCUUGCUCAGCCCCAAGUCCACAUCUUUAGUGAUGGGUCGGACUCAAUCUCCCAGCAACCCUGGAAGCAGGACUCAGACCCCCAGAACUCCCAGUAGACCCCUGACACCGAAUACCUUAUUGACACGCUCCAGCUUUAAUCCUGGAGGUCAUAAAGAGGUGACCUUCAGGAGGUCCCGGAGCCGCCCUGUGACACCCACAAGUCAACCUACACACACGAGGCCACUGCUCACCCCUCCUGGACUAAGCACGACUGACAGCCUUGGUGCCAGUCUUCGGGCCUAUCUGUCUGAGGAUGAGUUUUACCAGCAGUUACUGGCCCUCAGACAGCAGCCGUGGCACAUUCCCAGCGACACAGAUAGUGACAUUCUGGAACCUCCUGAACAGGACAAGAGUAGUGCACGAGAUGCCAAUAAGAGAUCUGUGUUUUCAGGUCUCUAAUGAUGAAGACCAGAGAGUCACCAAACUAUUAUGCAAACCACUGGACAUUUUGAAUACGUGUACAGAGGCAAUUAUUUUUAUAAUUCUUAUGAAUGAAAAAAAUAAAUGAUUGUAUACUUUUUCACAGAUGUUGAUAUUUCAUAGGACACUGUACUGCAGUCAUAUGUUAUAAUGUAAAAAUAUUACUUCACAUUAUGGAAAUUUGCUCUGUAGCAUGCUGUAAAAUUUCCAUGCGGCGGUUGGAAUAAGAUGCAUUGUU